AUGGUUCGCAAAGAUCCGAUCUUCGAAGCCCGCACAAAUGUCAAGCUUCACUCCAACCGCCUCAAAAAGGAGGCCGCGCGCGCUGAGGCCACCUUCAAGUCUGAAAAAGCCAAGGCCGAUAAAGCUAUGAAGAACCGCGAAUUCCAAAUCGCCCGCAUCCACGCCGCCUCCGCUGUCCGCGAGAAGCGUCGCCAGGUCACCCUCAAAUCCGAAGCCGCCCGCGCAGACGUCAUAAUCAACGAGCUGAAGGCUGCACAGAGCACACGCGAUACCUCGCGGACGCUGGCGAUGGCUUCGCGAGGUCUAGACGCCGCAUCGAAGAGCGUGAACCUGGAGCACCUUGUUUCGCACGCGAAUAAUUUCCUGGCCCGGUCGGAGGACUUUAAAAUCGCCAGUAGUGCUAUCGAGGAUGUUGCACAGGGAGUGUCAAUGCAGGAAUACGGAGCGGAGGGCGAGACGGAGGUUGAUCGACUGAUGGAGCAGUUGGCUGAUGACGCCGGCGUUGAUAUGCGGAUGGCGCUCGAGGAGGGUAAGGCACCAGAGCAUGAGGUGAAAGAGCAGCAGCCUGUCAAGGCUGAUGCGGAAGCUGAGGAUGGACUUGGUGCAAGGUUGCGGGCACUACGGGCUGCGAACUAA